UGGAUCACAUGCAGCUCGUUGCUGUCGAGGUAGUAUUGCUGUAUUAUUUUGUGCGUUCUCGCUCUCUGCCCGGGUCGAGUGCGGGCGACAUUGGUUGAGCUAGAACUAAUAAGAAGUGUAGGCUCGUUACAGUGCAAUCCGUGCAGCAAAUGUUGGAGCGUUCGAGCAAAGCAAGUAAUAGUUAGUUCUAUCUUGUCGGCUCGUGAAUAGAAGGGUUAGUGAACAUUGAAAGUGCCAGCAUAUCAGGCUUGUACAGACGGUAGUUAUUAGUGGUGGUACACGUGUACCAGGAAUUCUUUACCCGCCUGCCGUGCUUGUGGAGCGGAAGUCAUUCUUGAUAGAAGCUGCUUCUUACAAGUAACAUUAGUUACAGUGGCGUGGAAGUCUGUCAAAGUCUCUUUUUUCCAUCCCCGACCCUCUUUGCGCAGAGGACUUGACCAGGUAGCUGGUUUUCGUCUGUUCCCAACUCUCACAUCCCAUUACUGCUUACAUGCAUAGUGCACAUCGUGCAGCACACUGAUUUCGUCCAAGAGGUGUGCACAGAAUUCUCCGACACAGCCAAGCAGACUGCAGAUACGCGGUCGCAAUGUCGUUCGGUUGUCUGUCGGCCUUCUCCAAGCGUCGCAUUGAUGUUAUCGAUCCACCGAUGACUCCCUCCAUCCACUCGCAUGCUCCCUGUGAGAAUGUCGGCAUGCAGGGACAGCAGUCACAGCAGCAGAGGGUGGCCGCUGCCGCCGCCACUGCUCAACACCACCGCCGUCACGGUGCUCUCCCAACCUGCCCGCGUCCCUCCCAGUCGUCCAGUCUUCAAAGGAAAGGCACCACCGUGUCCAUGUCCAGCAUGCCUGCAGCCGUUCCCACGACGAUGAGCAGCAGUGUCACUGGCAAUGGCAGUGUCAGCAGCUUGUCAUCGCUCACCGAGAUUGUGCAGGUCGUGCAAGCGUUCUGCGGCGAGGCAGGCGAUGAGCUCACUGUGCGGGCGGGCCAGCGACUGCGUGUGCUCUACGUAGAGGGCAGUUGGACAUACGCCAGCACACUCUACAACAUCCCUGGCAUUGUGGAAUCGUGUGGCUUUGUACCCACCGAGUACUGUCAGCGGAUUGAUCAGUGUGCUGUUAGUCUGCCUGACGGGCGACGAGCGAGUGGAACGUCCGCCAAGUUGUCCACUGCUGGCUGGCAAGCUUACAAUGCGGACCGCAGUGAAGCGGCGGCCACUGAGGCAAGUCUGUCUCGCCACGACUCUGAAGAGUUCGCUGACUACGUGGUGCUGCGCUCGCCUACAACCACUGAGCUGAGCAGCGUCACAGGGGGAUUCCCCUACGCCGCCACGCUCCUGUACAAUUUCAGUGACGAUGCUGUGGACCACGCCAGCGUACGCCGUGGAGAGACGGUGGCUGUCUUAGGCACAGAUCCAAAGAGUCCUGAUUGGAGUAGGGUCCAAAGAAGAAAUGGCCAGCAAGGGUUUGUUCCAACCUGCUUUCUUCAACAAUGCAAGAGUGGAGCUCUGCUGUCCAAUCAAAGUGAGGGUAGCGGUGGCGGCUGCAAUGUCAGUAGAUCGGAUGACACCAGCUCGUGCAGCACGGUGACCUCGCAUCGGUGCGCAGCACAGGGUAGCGGGCAAUGCUCGGACGGCAUCAUCCGCUAUCAGACCGCCGUGCCCCGACAACAGCAGCAGCAGCACAGUGUUGAGCACUGGGUGGAGAGCACGGCUAAGUACACGUCCCAGGAUCUAUCGCCGGGCCACUCCACGGCCAGCUCCGAUAGUGGUUACGCGGCGAUCGGGAGAGGAGCCGUCCAGCAGCGCAUUGCCACUCCGCAAUCGGCCACCCCAACCAGUAUGCAUGGGCGGUCACCAUGUCCAUCAGCCGCUGCCAGUCGGGCAUCGCCACCUACGCCAGCAGCAGCAGCUCAGCAAAGUGGCGGUGAUGGGCCAGGUGUGCAUGACUCCGGCACCUCCAUGUCCAGUGGGCAUCGCACUGCCGUGUUACGCAGCAGUCAGGCAUCACCACCGGGCAAACAACGGAAUAGCUCGCCACAGGAAGCAAUGCACUGUCUGCCAACCAGCUCCAAUGACAGCGGCAGUUAUGUGGACGAACCGUCCGAUCUGCCCCCUCCGCCUGAUGCCAUUCUUCACGAUAGGCGCGGUUAUUCCUCGGACCGGCGACCUCCAAGUCAAAGAAAGCUGGCACAGCGUCGCCCUCUAGGUCCGCAAGAAGCCAAGCAGGAGGCUCUGGUGAGUAAGCUGGCAGACCAGCUCGUGCAGCUUGCCGCUAGAGGAUCACAGUCACCAGACGUACCACCACCACUGGCAGUGCAAAAACGCCGUCAGCCACCUCCCAUCGCUCCGAAACCUUCGACCAAGGGCCGGAAAUCGCCCGCUAGUGACAACGCUUCUCCCCAGCCCGUCCAGAGCGACGGCAAAACCGAUGAUGGCGAUUGCAAGGACUCUUGCCUGUUGGUGGUGAGUCGGUUUAUGGCCGACAGUCCCAACAAGCUGUCGGUGGAGAAAGGUGACGUGGUGUACGGGAAUGUGGAGCUGGCGCACGAGUCUCGUGGCUGGGUGUGGGUGUACUCGCCUCGCCAUGAUCAGCACGGCUUUAUUCCAGUCGUCUACACGCAACCGUGCAACGCCGACGGUGUUGGCGGUGUUGUCACCGAGAUCUAGACCAUGUCAACAACCCAGCGUUCUACAACUGCGUGGACUAGCGCCAAAGCCCACGGUCGAAUGCAGUGCAGUUGUUUGCAGCGUUAAUGCACUGCACUGUGCUCAGAUUGGACCGCAGCUGCAGUGUUCUGUACUGAACUACCUCACUCGCGUUUAGUCUCCUGAUUCUAAAUUUAUGAUCUGGUCGCCUGUUCCGAUCCUCGCCAACUUGUGCCCUGGUCAGCAUGCACCCGUCGAGCCCAGGACCAAAUGGUGGACCGCUGUCUGCACCUGGCAUGAAAUUGCAUUCAAUGAUGUUGAACACUGUCUACAAGAUCAUCGCAAAUAACUAUCCUAUGCUGGCGGUGGUCCAGUCCAGAUUACCUACCUCCAGAGUACUUUUUUAAAGCUUGACAACUAAUUCUAAUGAUCUAUCACUGGACCGAAACCGGAAUUGCCCGAUUGCCACUCACUACAUGCCCCUCUGCUAAGUCCUCCUGACACACUUGACACUUGUUUCACACUUGCUUCUUAGUACCCAUCAAAUAACGUGUGCUUUCAUCAGCCAGUUGUGGAGCAUUGCGAUCAGUUCUGCGUGUGUCAACCUGGAAAACGUCAUGACACGUACACACCACCGGGCGCUGCACUAGCGGUGCUCAAUGUGCAACUUUAGAUCUCUCUCUCUCUCCCCCCCCCCCAGCUGGCAUUUUCGGCAAUGCUCGUGUCUGCCUGUGUCUGGUCUCUGCCACGUGUACACACUGCUCAAUUGCAUGUUCACCUUUUCAAGUAAAACAAAAAUUUACCGUCAUGUUUGCGAUCAGCUGCAGUCAGUCUCAUGUAUGGAGACUUUGCUGUGCGCUUCAAAAGCCUGCUGCUGCUGCUGCUGCUUAGUCCUCACACUGGUGAUUCCAGUUAGCUGUGCCUGGACUUCCCAUUGUGUGUCUGCAUUAGUGGCACGGCUUUGGCUCAGGACUGCAUGCACGCACUACGUACUUUGGAAAUAUCUUGCUGAAUCAGUGCCGCUACCAAGCCUCUAUAAAAGAUUAUUUCCCUUUUUGUUCAGUUUGAUAACAUGACUUAUAUAUAUAUGCCGUCCAUGAUCAUUCGGGCACGGUUCUUUGCUCUCCGCUUCUUGUUGUAUUUCUCUCCCCGUUUCUUCCGCUUCCCUCAAUUUUGUUGUUAGCUUUGUCUUUUUUUGGGUUUCAAAGUUGAAAACGGACUUCGUUGGAGGCCCGUGUGCUUUGUCAGAAAUGUUGUAUCCACUGUGACGUA